UAUUAGCCAGUUGAAAAGAGAAGUACUUGUGUCAACAAUGAACUGGCAAAAAUUUCUGAUAGCUUCAUUUAUAUCUUUAAAUAUCGCAUUUGGAAAAGUGAAUGCAGCUCUACCGUUUAAAGAUCAGUGUGUGAAAUGGCACAACGAAUUCCGCAGUAGGCACCAGGUCGGCCCCGUAACCUGGAGUGACAACCUCUCUCAAGGUGCGCAAUCCUGGGCGACCCAUCUGGCAGAGAACAAUCUGUUUCAACACGCUCCAAACAGCCCAGUUGGAGAGAACCUAUAUUUGUCCUCUCACAAGCCCAUGGAACCCUGUACCUCUGCAACAAAGGCUUUCUACGAUGAAGUAAAGUAUUAUGAUUACAACAAUCCAGGAUUUUCUCAAAAGACAGGCCACUUCACUCAGAUUGUGUGGAAAAACACAAAACAAAUUGGAGCAGCAUAUGCCACCAGAAGAGAUGGUAGAUUCGUUUUGGUGAUUAGAUAUUCUCCUCCUGGAAAUUAUCGUUACCAGUUUAGGCAGAACGUCUUACCAAUCAAAGUGGAAACAAAAACCACUGUCCUUACUCCCACAGAAACAACUGUAACGUCAACAGCCCCUGCCCCUCCCCAUGGGGGAGUAUCGGGUCAGAUGUGUUGCUCAUUCACAAGCAAAGUUCUGUUGAUAAUUUUCGCGAUCUUAGUCGUGAAAAUUGGAUUUUGAUAUCGAAGUAGAGUACGUGAAUUGUCUCAUUUACCAUGUCUUCUAAAUCUCAUGCGUUUUAAGACGGUACCUCACAACUCAACUCAAGUUGAGUCCUGAUUUCGAAGGGAUAUAUCAUUUCGAAGGCAAAACUUAAAGGGUGCUCGAUAAAAAACGCUUCUAAAAGUAGCCUACCUGAAAAUGAAAAUGUUUUAGACCAUUAAACAGCAAAAAAACCAACAAUGAAUUGAAGAAAAAUCAUGAUGAGUUAAAAUGGAGAAGAAUGACGUGGAUCACAUAUGGCGAACUUUGGGUUUAGUUUUUGUAGAUGUAGAUUUGUCGUCCCUCGUUCAUACUUUGCUAUUUAAUUUUUUAAGAUAAUGAUAAAAUAUGAUGAAAUACCUCGUAUAUUCAUUUUAUUCCUUUAAUUUAGCCCGCUCGCUUAUUCAGAGUUCGCCAGGUAUAGCAUAGAACCACAUCUCUUGGAAAGGAGACAGGCAGAACGCGUAUAGUUCCCCAACCCUCAUAUAAAGUUUUGCGACAUGCAAACAAAUUUUGAUAAUAAAUGUG